GCAGAUUUCGCAAGCGUACGAGGUGCUGUCAGACCCGAAGAAGAGGGACCUGUAUGACAAAGGAGGCGAGCAGGCCAUCAAAGAGGGGGGCUCCGGCGGCGGCUUCGGGUCGCCCAUGGACAUAUUAGAUAUGUUCUUUGGCGGCGGGGGGGGGGGAGAGAGAGACGAGGCAAAAACGUAGUCCAUCAGCUGACAGUAAGUUUAGAAGAUAUGUACAAUGGUGCAACGAGGAAACUUGCACUGCAGAAGAAUGUUAUCUGUGACAAAUGUGAAGGUCGUGGUGGUAAGAAAGGUGCAGUAGAAUGCUGCCCUAAUUGCAGAGGAACAGGCAUGCAGAUCAGAAUUCACCAGAUCGGACCAGGAAUGGUGCAACAGAUCCAGUCCGUGUGUAUGGAGUGCCAGGGGCAUGGGGAGCGCAUCAGCCCCAAAGACCGCUGCAAGAGCUGCACUGGCAGGAAGAUCGUUAGAGAGAAGAAGAUACUCGAAGUUCACAUUGACAAAGGAAUGAAGGAUGGUCAGAAAAUAACAUUCCAUGGUGAAGGGGACCAAGAGCCAGGACUAGAGCCAGGGGACAUUAUUAUUGUCUUGGAUCAAAAAGACCACUCUGUAUUUACUAGACGAGAUGAAGACCUUCUCAUGUCUAUGGAUAUUCAGCUGGUUGAAGCACUGUGUGGUUUUCGAAAGCCUAUCACAACGCUGGAUAACAGAACUAUUAUUGUUACUUCCCAUCCUGGCCAGGUUGUCAAACAUGGGGCUGUUAAGUGUGUGUUGAAUGAAGGUAUGCCAGUUUAUCGCAGACCAUAUGAAAAAGGACGUCUGGUCAUAGAAUUCAGGGUGAACUUCCCAGAGAGUGGCUUCCUCUCCUCAGAGAAGUUGUCUUUACUUGAAAAACUGCUACCUACAAGGCAAGAAAUAGAAGAAACUGAGGAAAUGGAACAAGUGGAUUUAGUGGACUUUGAUCCAUCUCAAAAAAGAAAACACCACUAUAAUGGAGAAAUCUAUGAAGAUGAUGAGCAUCACCCUAGAGGUGGUGUUCAAUGUCAGACAUCGUAAAUAGGCCAGUGAAUAACUUGCGAUGCUUGUUUUGUAUGCAUUAGUGGAUGAGUGAAGGACUACAAGCAGUUCACCCUCACUUCCUGCUAUUUGUUGUUCUAUCCAGCCAUAGUUGUUUCUAACAGCAUAAAGAAAUAAACUAAGUAAUUAAACUGA